AAAAGCGUUGGAAGUGGGGUGGCUUUUCCCCGAUGAGAUAAGGCCCACACACCUCGCUUUGAGGUGUGGCUGUGCAAGUCUUGGACCAAUAUCUGGAUGCAGUGAUCGGCUAGAUGAGGGUCUAUAAGCUGAAAGUGAAUCCUGAUAAGAUGAAGGCCCUUUGAACAGCUAAAGCUUGGAAACCAUGGAGCACUACCCAGAUCUACAAGAAGAUCUGAGUUUGGAGGAUACCAAUGAAUCCCUUAAUCAGCUCAAAUUGGCCUCUCUAGAUGAUAAGAACUGGCCACCAGAUGAAGUGCCUGCUUUUCCUAAGUCAGAUGACUCCAAGGGCUCCCCUGAUCCUGUCACUCACUUACGGUGGGAUGACCCAUACUAUGACAUCGCUAGACACCAGAUUGUGGAAGUAGCAGGUGAUGACAAGUAUGGGAGGAAAGUAAUUCUGUUCAGUGCCUGCCGGAUGCCUCCCAGCUAUCAGCUUGAUCAUGUGAAACUGCUGAGCUAUUUGAAGUAUACAUUGGACCAGUAUGUGGAGAGUGAUUACACCUUAGUAUAUCUGCACCAUGGUCUGACCAGUGAGAACAAGCCAUCGUUAAGCUGGCUGCGGGAUGCCUACCGAGAAUUUGACCGCAAAUACAAGAAGAACAUCAAAGCGUUGUUUAUUGUGCACCCAACCAUGUUCAUCAAGACACUGCUGAUUCUCUUCAAGCCACUGAUCAGCUUUAAGUUUGGGCAGAAGAUUUUCUAUGCAAACUACCUGAGUGACCUGGAGGAGCAUGUGAAACUGGAGCAGCUGGGGAUCCCAAGCCAGGUGCUAAAGUAUGAUGAAUAUCUGAGAUCACUGCAAAAGCCCUCCCAAGUGCCUCAGAAAGUAACCCCACCCCGCCCACCUCUGCCAAACCAACAGUUUGGGGUUUCUCUCCAGUAUUUAAGGGAGAAGAGCUUGGACCAGAAUCUCGUCCCGCUGGUGAUAAGGGAGACCACUGCCUAUCUACAGGAGCAUGCUCUUAACACGGAGGGGAUUUACCGACGAUCAGCAAACAUCCAGACAGUCAGAGAGGUUCAGCAGAAAUACAAUAUGGGGCUGCCUGUGGACUUCUUGCAAUAUGAUGAUGUGCAUCUCCCUGCUGUGAUUCUGAAGACCUUCUUGCGGGACCUGCCUGAGCCUUUGCUCACCUUUGGUCUCUACAGUGAUGUUGUCAAUUUCUACAGUGUGGAGGAAGAAAAGCGUGUGGAUGUUGUUCGCAAAACCCUGCAGAGUCUCCCAGAAGAAAAUUACCAAGUGCUGUGCUCACUGAUGGCCUUACUUGUGCAGGUCUCCGCUAACAGCGACAUCAACAAGAUGACCAACACUAAUCUGGCAGUCGUUUUUGGCCCAAACCUGCUGUGGGCCAAAGAUGCAGCCAUAACCCUCAAAGCCAUUAAUCCUAUCAACACUUUCACCAAGUUCCUACUGGACAACCAGAGGGAGCUUUUCCAGAGCCUCGAGGCUUGACCGAGAUCCUUUUUGUGACAGCACACCAUGUGUCCACUGUGACCACCUCCUUCUCUCCUCUCCCCCCUUUCUACCUUAUCUUGGAGCCGUGGCCAAAUCUAGGAAAGCUCAAGGUGAUAAGCAGAGUGAAAGAGAAACGAGGGUGGGGCUGAGGGAGAGAGCAAGGUGGGGGUGGUCUAGUGGAGGGGGAAGCUGGCCUCCCCAUUUCUAGGAAUGGAGUUCUGCCUUGGCUGUUCUGUGACCAGGUUGCUCUUAACUGCUACAGUUCCCUUCCUUUUCUGAGUUGCUCCCAUUAAAUAGCUGUUCUUGGACUCCUGCAGAAUACCCAUCUCUUGGUGCCUGUGUGAUCUGGACUAAUAAAUGUUGCUGCAGUGGCCCUUGGGCAGAGAGGAAUCUAUUUUUGCUUCUCUUCUCUAGCCUGCUUUGGUUCUCCAUACGUACCCAAGUCAGACAGUCCUGAGUGUUUCCAUUGUUGAAGCCUGUGACUGCUACUGAACACAACCAGGUUGCUACUCUUGAUGGAAAAGCUGACUCCCAGCCCUAUGACAGAUUUGGGCUAUAAAAGAAGAUUGCACUGUCCUGGGACUUCUCAUGUUUCUUAAUGGAGCUUAGAGAGCUGUUUGUACAUUUUUCAAGGAGCUCUAGCACUUGCAGUAGAUGCUGUCACAAUUUCUCUGCCAUGAUUUAAAGAUUAUUGCCCUCAGAUAUUGUGAAGCCCACUUACUUCUGUAUCUUUUUUUUAUAAUGUCCUUCCACGGUGAUUGUCUUUGCCAGCAGAUUUCUCUCUAAAACUGGCCUUGCCAUUAAGCUUUCCUUUUGAUUUGGGAACUGGGUUUUUUUUUUUCUGUGCCUCCCAUACAUCAGUAAGGAUCAUGCAGGAAAUAUCUGCUGUAGUGGUAUUAACUCCUCGUGCUGCCAGAUUAAAAUACUGCCCUCUUGUAAUUGAAGCACAGGCAUUGCAUGUGUUGACAGACAUCUGUGUCUCUGGUUGCUGCUGUCUUCCCAUAACAAAAUACUGAUCACUGAGGCCAAACUUCCCUGCUCUAAUCUACUGGGCUCUGCUGUGCCAAAACUGAAGGACUCUGCCUUCAUGUCCUUGUUGUAAUUUUCUAACCGUGCCAGAAUGGCUCCAAUGUACCUUUUGGUUUCCUUGGCACAAGGAGAUAUGAAGCAUUGCCUUUCCUUUCUCUGACCUGAAAGAGGUUAUGCAGUCCUGCAGUAUGGUUAUCCUACUUUCUUACCCAUGCGAACUAUUUCCCUUUUCAAAUCAGGAAGUUGAGCCAUUCUGAAUUCUAAACCAGGCUCAGUCAUUGCCCAGGCACAUAUGUUUUAAGCCAAACCUGUUUUUCAAAAAUAGCAGUUUCCUACUGGACUUGUAGAAGCCUUUGCUUUUUAAAAAGAUUGUAAGGGUGCAUUUUCAUGAUGUUGUGCUACCAACUGUCUUAAGGCAAUUUUGUUCACGCUCAGCCCAUUAAUUGAUCCUUGAAAACAGCAGACUCUGAGUUCUCAGAAUUAUAGAGAAGGUGGAAGUGGGUUUUUUCACCGUCCCAGAACCUGUAUUCUCCUGAUGCAAGGAGGAUACAGUUGACAAGGUGUUUUUUAUAAAUGCAUAAUAGGCUACUGUUUAAAACUGAAUACUGUAAAGGGCUGUGCUGUGGUUUUAAAUGGCAAGUGAUCAGUGAGCACUAAAAACUGCACAUAGGUGCCCAUAGCCCAGCCAUAUCCAGUGAACUGGAUUCUAAAUCUAUCAGAGAUGGCUGGAGGUGGCAAGCCAGGAUGCUUGAAACUAUUAUGAGGAGCUGGUGAUUGAGUUUGUCAGAGUUCACCAUGCCACAUAAGAUACAACACCAGUUUGUAUGUACUCAGUGGGUAAAUCUGGUGUAAUAAACCUAGUUUGAAUUCUGGAACAACCCCUAUUGCUCUUGGGGGCCAAUUUAGAUUUCCUGUUUAGCAAAACAUGAAGAACUUCAACCAAAAACAUUGACAGUGAAUGAUUAUGGCUUAGUAAGAGCUCUUGCCUUCUAGUGUCUCUUGCCUAGAAUAGUUUGUCAUAGUUAAAUGAGGAAUGGCCUGUUAAUGAAGCUGCACUCACGUUGGCCUCAUUACUUCACAUGUGAGAAGCCCAUGAGCCUGUUGCGGUGCUUAGCUGACAGUUGCUUCCUGAAUUGUGGCACGCCUUGGUGAAUUCAAGGCUUUGGUCUGAUUCCAAGCUAUAACAGUGUUUGUUUGCUUGCCUGUGUUCAAAGUUCCCAGCUGGAAAGGAAAAGCAACUGGUUUCCAUGGAAAUGAUAGUCUAUAAAAGUAAAGGCCCAGGUGCUUGAGAGCACAGGACUGCUGGUUCAACCACUGCAUGCUUAACACUAACUCCUGGGCUUCUUUCAGGCUUAAGUCAGGGAGUAAGCAGAGUGCUUUGGAUAAGUAUUGCCAUAGCUGCCCUGUAAUGCUUUUAUCAACUCCACAGAUUUCAAACUUCUGCAUGUGUUUUUUUUUCUACUGACACGUUGCAAAUCUCUGUACACAGUGAAAGUGCACUCAAAACCCUGGAAUUAAGCCAGUGUAAAAUAGCUGUGUUACUUUUCCCACUUUGCUGGAGCUUCUAGGGAACCUAGAGUAUAUACAUAUAACAGCAAUUACUGCUUUACCUCAUCUCCUCCUAUUUCCCCUCUUUUAAGUCUAUUACCACUGUGGGUUAUCUGGAACUGUAUACUAGGCCUGACUCACCCUAAGAGUGAAGUGUGGGUCUUUUCCUGUUAAUGCUGAACUACAUCCAUCUUCACUUUUUUGAUUGCCGCCAGGUGUGCUGCCUGGAUUACAAGCAGUUGGAAUCACUAGAGGACCAGCAUCUCAAGGGGCCAAUUACGUCUUUCCCUCCUCUUGUAAUAGAGGCUGAUAGCUGGUUAGGUGGCCAUGGCUAUGUGUUCUGUUUUCUGUCCUGUGCCCCUCCAGUAGUACAACUGCCUGCCUCCCCCUUGUCUUAUAGCUUCCAUGUUAGGUAUUGGCCACAGUGCUGCUGGGAGUGGAGUGAUCCAUCUUCACUGUAUCCCUUGCUUGCCUGAUAAAGCCCAUUGGUGUCUUGGUACCUCUGAACACAUUCUGUGCCCUCACCUCUAGCAGUCCUGUGUCUGUACUGAGAACAGCUUAUGGGUGGUGCAUCUUAUGCUGAGGCUAAUUUGGAUGCCUUAUGGCAGGAGUGGGGAACCUGUGGUCCUCCAGAUGUCGUUGGACUCCAGUACCCAUCAGCCUUACUUAGCCUGGCCAAUUUUCAGGGAUGAUAGGAAUUGUAAUCCAGAAACAGCCCACAGGUUUCCCACUUCUGCAUUAUGGCAAAGUCUGACAUCUUUAUGGCCAAAUGACCCCUGGUUGUGUGCUCCCUGCUGGGGCCCUUAUGCACUGUUUACAGCUUUGCUUUUUGUUGCUGUUAGCCCUUGCAUUUUCCAUUCUUAUGACUGAUGUUUAUUGGGAGCAGGUCUGUGUUUUUUUAAUUUACACACCCAUGUUUAUUUCCUUCUAAUGGUACCAAUCUUGUAUUUCACAGUUUGCACUUUUUGUACUUCAAUAAAAACUUAAAGCCAA